CUAUUGUACCAAUGACAUGUUGACUCGCACGAAUUUGGCGAUUCAGCACCAGCUGGUGCCACUUGAGAAAUGAUGACUGUUAGCAUGCCAGCUUCGGCCUCACAUCUGCGUGUUCUCAACGCUGUCAGCGGUCUUCAACGGGCUGCGUGGUCUCUGUUCGCCCGCGUUGAUUCCUUUGGGGCGACUCUUCCACUGCCGUCUAGGCUCAGCGUUCUAUCCUCGGCUUCAUGUGUGCGCAUUGUGGAUACUGCCGUGACAGCUCACCAGGACAGCUUGGCCCAGCAAGCAUUGGGCCUCGACAGGCAUUUCCCCUCUCCCGCCCACUCCUUGGCAAUUCUACCCGGCGGGGGCGCAGGCUCGGGGGCUUCCCUCCGCAAACUGCCCGUGGUGCUCAAAGAGCAUCACUCACCAAGUUUCAACCCACAUGCGCUAGGGGCAUGGGUCGGCGCUGGCGGCAGCAGCUUGCUGCAGGCGGGCGGCUGGCGCUCUGGCCGCAGUAGCAGCACCCUCGCCAACAGCAGAGCCACCUGUAGCGCCAGCGCCAGCGCCAGCGCCAACAACCGCGGCAUUUUAUCCAGUUGUCACGUCAGCACCUUUACCAGCGGCAUCGCACGGGGUUACGCCACUGCCGCAGCCACAGCCGAGGAGCCGAAGGCGCCCGGCCCCAAAGCCUCAAACACACACGCCGCUUCCGCAGCACCUGCGCACACAGCACGACCAGCAGUAACAGCCCCAGCCCCAGCCCCAGCACCGGCGCCCGUAUCAGCGGCGGCGGCAGUAGCACCGGAGCCGCUGUCGGUCACCGAGUUCGCCCGCCACCCGCCCACGGGCAGCUACACCAUAACGCUGCGAUGCUACAGCCUGCCGCCGCUGGCGGCGCCGCGGCCGCCGGCGGAGCAGCGGGUGCUGGAGGCGGCGCUGGCGGUGGUGCGCAGGCUGCGGUCUCACGGCUUUACGGGCAUGUUCGCGGGGGGCUGGGUGCGGGACCAGUUCCUGGGCCGGCCCUCACCCGACAUCGACAUCGUCACCAACGCCUCCAUCACCGAGGUGUAUGAGGUGUUUCGCCGCGACUGCAAACACAAGGGCGCGGCCACAAUGGAGGUCACGGCGGACGGGCUGGCGUUCGAGGUGACUAGCUACCGGGGCGGGCUGGUGGGCGACUGCGAGGAGGCCGAGUGGCGCGACGCGGCGUACCGCGACUUCACCUGCAACGCCCUCUUCUUCGAGCCCACCCUGGACGAGCACGUGCCGCAGCAGCAGCCGCAGCAGCCGCAGCAGCCGCAGCCGCAGUAUCAGAAUGCUUCUGCGGCGGCUGACACCGCCGCCCCAAGCACCAGCACCACCAGCACCCCCGACACCACAACCAGCACCCCCAGCACCCCCACCACCCACACCAGCACCCCCACCACCACCACCAGCGCCCGCCCUGUGGCUCCGGCCGCGCACCUGCAGCCGGCCGGCCGCGUCAAGGACUAUGUGGGCGGGCUGGUCGACCUGGCGGAGCGGCGGCUGCGCGUGUACGGCGGGCACGAGCGCCUGGGGCUGAGGACGUCCAGCGUGGAGGCCGACCCGGUGCGGGUUCUUCGCGCGGCGCGGCUGAGUGUGCAGCUGGGUCUGGCGGUGGAGGCGGGCGGCUACACGGCGGCGCGGCUGCGGGCGGCGGGGCCCAAGUGCGGGAUCAGCCCAGAGAAAGGCGUAAGUGCCAGCCGUGUGUGGCGCGAGCUGUCGAAAAUGGCCGAGCUGGACGCAGUGGCGGCGGCGGCGCCAGCGGCGGCGGCGGCGGUGCCGGCGGCAGGGGCGGCUGAGGGCGGCGGCGGCGCAAAGGGCAGUCGUGGCGGUGGCGGCGGCGGCAGUGCGCGGCUGGCGGCGGCGCUGGAGCUGUGCCUGGAGUGGGGCGCGCUGCAGGCGCUGCUGCCGGGGGUGUCGCAGGACGUGAUGGCGCGUGUGCUGCAGCACGUGCUGCCUCGCCUGCCCGCCGGCAUGCCGCUGGAGCUCAAGCUGGCGUGCCUGACGGCGGCGCCGCUUCUGCCGUACAGCACCGCGGGCGGCUCGCUGGGGCUGGUGCCGUGGCCCCGCAGUGACCGGCCGCCGCCCGCCUACGCCGCACCCCGGCCAGACCCGUACGAGCCGGUGGUUGCGCUGCUGCGUGAGACGCGCGCCGCCGCCGCGCCGCACGCGCACCUGCCGCACGCGCUGGGGCUGCUCAGCCACCUGCUGGCGCAUCACCGCGACGCGCGCACGCGGCAGGAGGCCUGGAGGCAGCUGCUGGCCACAGAGGGCGCGGACCUGGUGCUUGAGGCCUACUGCGCCUUCCUCAGCGGCCGCGCAGACCUGGAGUGGCGCCGGCAGCUGCAGCGGCUGGUGCGAGGACACCGGCGCAAGCUGCUGCAGCCGCCCGCCGCCCCCUCCAGCGGCACGCACCACAGGCUAGAGAGGGUGAUGCAGGCGGCGGCGGCCAGCGCGGAGGCGGAGGCGGAGGUUGCGGGCGCGGAGGCGACAUCAGCAGCGGCUGGAGAGGGCAAGCCGCCGGGGCAGAUGAGGCAGCCGCCGGCGCAGCGGCAGGCGCAGGAUGCGCAGCAGGAUGCACAGCAGGGGCAGCAGGAGCGGCAGCAGCGGCAGGGGCGGCAGGAGCGGCAGCGGCAGUAUGGCGGCGGUCGUGGGCAGGCGCAGGGCGGUGACGGCCACGGCAGCGGCGGCGGCUGGCAGAAGCGCGGGGACCCGCCACAGCAACAGCAACAGCAGCAGCAGCAACAGCAACAGCAACAGCAGCAGCAGGGGCAGGGGCAGGGGCAGCAACACCAGGGGCAGAGGCAGCAGCACCGGCAGCAGGGGCAGGGGCAUGUGGGUCGCCACUCGCACCCGCACAAACACAAGCACGGGAACCGCAAGCAGCAACAGCAGCAGCAGCAGCAGGCAGGGGCGACAGGGCGAGGGGCGACAGCAGCAGGAUGAGCCUACUGCGCAGGGCGGCCAAGCCCCCGUGUCGUCAUGCUU